AUGUCUCCAAAGACUUCUCCUCUCGCCGCCUUCUCCAGUUCGUCUGAUGACUCACGCGAGGCCCUCCUACCCGCGUUUGACGAUAUGGAGAAGAACCUUUUCAUGGCCAUGUUUCUGAGUCUCAAGAGCAAGCCCGAUAUCGAUUGGGAGAAAACAGCGUCCAAGGUCGCCCUCAAGAACGCGGACACAUGCAAGACUCGCUACGGCCAGAUUUGCCGCAAGCAUGGCAUUCAGACCUACAAUCAGAUUUUCGGCAAGUAUCGCGGUGCGGCUACUUCCUCCAAGGGCAAGACCACCGGCAAGGCAUCGGUCAUCGACAGUGCUGGAAUUCGAAAGGCCACCGGACGGGUUGGUUCGAAGGGACAAUACACUGGUCUCAAAACUGAGAUCGAGGUUGAAGACGAUCUCGAGGAUGGUAUCAUCAAGGACGAAAAGGUCAAGGCUGAGAAGUGA